AUCGUAGUGUUUGGCAUUCUGAACACGUCUUGCAGGUGCAUUCAUUGCAAAAAUUGGCUUCAAACAAAAAGUGAGUGACUACUGCGUAUAACAAUUUGAAGAUUUCAGUUCCUCCCGUUUUAUUCAGGUUGUUAAUUGACGGUAAAGGGGAAUGAUUGAGUUUGAUUGUAAUGGAAUCAUCCUCGGCAUCAGAAGGUGCUAGCCCUGAUGUCCGUCCUGUUAUCUGUGAAAGUCUUCUCGACCUCACCGACUGGGGGGAUCUUCUAGACAUUUGUGAGAAGCAUGCUGAGCAGGUUGACACAAAUGAUGUCGAACAAUCAAGUCAAGCGAGCAGUGCAGAGGAUAAUUCAUGUGCUAGCCCAGCAGAUGGGACUGCAGUGAGAGCGAGGAAAAGAAUUCGCCAUUCCUGGCCUGAAGUUUCUGUCAAGUUGGGUCAAGACGUGACAUAUAAUUGUUUUCCACAUGAACAUUUCAGCUUUGCCUUCAAGGACGUUAUUUUUCGAGAAGAAAAGAUACAAGAUGACGACGAUGACGAUGAUUUACCAGAAAUCAGCUUUGUUCCAUCUCCGGAAUCAACCAUACCACUCAAAAAGGAGAAGAGAUCGACCAAGUCUGUCAAGGUGUCCCACAACCGGAAGAGUGAUAAGAAAGCAUCAGUUCUCACAGAGCAAAGAGGCAAGAAUACACCUGUGGCCCCACAUAGUAACUCUGAGGACAAAAAGGAAAAGCGUAAAGAGGGGCGGAGCUCGCCUCUCAUCACUUUAGCUGUAUCUUCUCUUAAGAAACCGGGUGCUAUCAAGGAACGGAAGCUUGUAUCCAAUGUUGUGGUGAGUGGUUGUUCUGCUUCAGGGACAGUGGGCUCUAAGACACCUGUGGUGACCGUACAAACAGGAAGUCACAGUCCCGCAGCAAACAAAGGUGCUCACAGUCAACAGAGCAACGGUUCGCCGAAUGCCUUACAACUUCUGAACACCCCUCAGGAUGGCAGGGUUACUCCUACCCAUCCGAACCUCGUCACCAUUUUGCCCCCUACCCCACCAAAUGAACCGGUUGUGGUGCAACAAACUAUGUCCCGAGUUGUCCCGAAGGGACUUCCUCAAAAGCUUCCGAUGCCACAUGUGCAAGUGUUUGUCAACCCGAUGUCUGCGAAGCCAUCAAAUCCACAAGGUGUCAGCGUAAGUCCAUUCUCAUCACCAACUAUCCAGCUCGUGAAGCAAUCCCAAGUUCUCACACCGCCGAUUGAUAGGAAUGUUGCCCCUGUCAAACAAGAACAACCUCUAAAGAAAACAGUACCACCCCUCCAAAAACUGGUAGAGCUUCCCAAGAAAACGGAACAGCCCCCUCAGAAGCUGGAAAAGCCAGCUCAAAAACUGAAAGACCCAAUUGAGGAACUUGUGAAAGUUCUUCCAAAACCGGAAGAACCUCAGGGAUGCACACCCUCAAAGACUUCCUCAGAGACAACUUCAACCAAAGACCUCACCAGGACAAUUGCAUCUACUGAGGAUUUCUCAGGAGGUACCAAGGACUCCUCUGUUUCAUCGGCUACAGUUGAAUCUGUCAGAGUGGAAGAAGUGGACGAGGAAAUAGAAGUUGUUGAGAUUUUCAAGCCAUCCCAGGAUGAGACAGACUCUCAAGUAGAAGUCACUGAAUCAAAAUUAGAAUUAAAAGAGGAUACAAAAGAAGUGUUGUCUUCCCUGAAACGGAAAGCCCCAUCGAGUCCCUGCUCAACCCUACUCAAGAUCAAAUGUGAGAAGAUUGAUGCCGUUGUGCGAGUCAACAAAACCAAUGAAGAACUCUAUCGUGCUGAAGGGAGCCAAGAAAAGCGUUCCGUUCAGGCCCGUAGGAAAUCUUCCUCAGCUGCAAAGCAAGGCUGUUUCUUCAACGUGGUAGACAAGUCCAGCCGUCUUGGGGUGUGUCCUUGCGGCCGGGCCAACUCUUACGAUGCCAUGAUUGCCUGUGACAAUCCAAAGUGUGAGGUGGAAUGGUAUCACUUCACAUGUGUAGGAGUCACCAAGGUGCCAAAGGAUGAGUGGUUUUGUCCAUUCUGCUCAAAAGAAGCAGCUGAAGCUCUGAGAUUAAAGAAAGAGAGAAGGAAAGAAUUGCGAUUGCGAAGGAAGAAGAGAGAAGAACUAAAGAGACAGAGGAUGAAGAAGGACCAAUUGGAGGAGCCCGGUCUGUGUCCUUGUGGGCAGCCAAACUCUUGGGACCGGAUGAUAGCUUGUGAUGGUCAAGACUGCUCUGUUGAAUGGUAUCAUUUCCGUUGCGUCGAUGUCAAGAGUGCACCGGAUACAGAGUGGCUCUGUAUCUUGUGCAGGGAUAGUGCCCAGGAACCCCGCUCCAGUCCCUACGCGAGAAGGAAGAGGAAGCAUCGGCCAAUCCAGUAUUCCAUCUAUGGUGACGGUGAUGAUGGAAGUGCGGACGAUGCCAAAGAAGAGAUGGAGUGGAAGGCAGACGAAUCCAGUGACGACUCCGACGACUCGUCCGAUGGCGACAAAGACUCCGAGGACAGUGACAGCGACGACAACAGCCACGAUGGUAGAGACAAGGUCCGGGAGCGAGCGAGAAGCAAAUGGAGAGAGGCUCUGUCAAAGGAUGGUGACAUUGAUGAUAGUGAGUCUUCUGAUGGCGAAGAUGAGUUGAGUCAGAGCAGACGGUCAAGGAGAAUGCGACAUAAAAAGAUUGAUUUGGACUUUGAGGAUGGGGCGGAGUUUGAUGAGGAUGUGGACAGUAUCAAGGAUGAGGUAGUAAGGACUAAAAUCACUCCUAAAAGGAGAAGAAUGAGUUCUGGUGAAAAGAGAAGUCAAGGUUCGAACUCUAAAACCCAGGAGCCUCCAGACAAGGAGAAGGGUUUGGCGAAAAUGGUGUCAAGCGGUUCUGGUGAUAAAGGCUCCUCUGUAGCUGUUGAAACAAAGAAGAUAGAAUCAGAAGGACGUUUCCUAAUCCAGGAAUGUAGCUCUUGUGGUACGGAGUUCAUCACGGAACCAACCGAUGAGAGCGACUCCAGUAACCAAGACGACCCCUCCAAGAUCCUAUGCCAUCUGUGUGUGAACAAAUCCAAGAACGGAGGACAGAAGAGUCCCAAGGGCGGCAUCCUCCUCACCCUAUCUAAUACCAAAGAUACAGCCACAAAUCCUGCCACGGGGGGUCGGGAAGCCACCACAGAGCGGCAAGAAGCCACCGCCAGCUCGUCGUCGGAGGGGGAAGGGAAGAAGGAUGGGGAUGCGCAGGGAUCGAGAUCGACACGUUUCCACGAGAUCGUUGCGUGUAAGGUCUGCGGGAUGGGUUACAGGACAAGGGUCAGUUUGUUGAUCCAUAUGAAAGCCAAGCAUUUGGGUCAUCUUGGUAACUUUGAGUGUGCGCCCUGUGACAGGCUCUUCAUCAGCCAGGAGGAGUGCGAACACCACAUGGCUUCAUUCCAUCAUGUCUGAACAGUACCGGUGCUAUAUCUUGUGUGACCAGCCCCUUUUGUUGUUUAAUCGUAUAUAUGAUCAAUGUAAAAUGGAAUUCAGUGGCGCUGGAUCGAGUAGACAAAGUUUAGAAUGGGUGAACCAAUGUGUGUGAUCAAUGGAUCCCCCCUCCCCGCUCUUUGCCUGAAACGAAGGUUCCAGUAUCACUUAUAGAAUUUAUUUUGAUGUUUGGACUGAACAUGGUGUGUGAACACCCUAUCCAAUUGUGCAUUUGGGCAAGACUUUUGGUAUACUGCAUGUACAUUGCAGGGAAGAGAUUGAGUUAAUAGAACAAGAUGUUCCAAGUCACAUUAUGUCAUUACCCCUCAAGGUCUUUUCAAGUAAAAACAUCCAGCAGUCAUCCUUUGCCUUCCAUGUCUAGGACAUGUGAACAUGGCCAUAUUCCAGCUUAGACAAAUCCAUUGGAAUUAUGGAUGAGUUCAUACACCUACACCAUCUAUAUACGCAAAACAAGGAUUUAAGCUUCAUGAUAUGGGUAGCAUGAGGCUGUGUGAAUAUGACCAUAUCUCAUCAUUGACAGACAUACAGUGUAUUUAAAUUAUUGAUGCAUUCAAACUUCUAUCCCA